ACUGCUUUAAGUUGUGUGGUGGCGGACUGUGGCAAGACACGCUCAAGAAAUGCGCGCUUAUUAAAACUGUAGAACUCAUGCGGUGCGGACGUAUUUUGUGACUUUCCGCGUUCACCUCAACAAUACUGAAAGUGAAAUACAUAAGUUACCACAGUACAAAUCUCUUGAAAGAAAGUGAAGUUAACCGUUAGUGAAGUUAUUUGAAGUGCCAAACAAACAAGAAAGAAAACGUUAAGAAACGUUAUACUAAUUGCCGUUUAAUACAAAGCCAACACGAUGCGGUCACCGAGCGGGCGAGUGCCUCAACAGGGUCUGAACAGACUUUGGUUAGCCACCAUUUGUGCCAUUACCGUUGCUACUUUGAGUGGGUCAUUUGUGACGCCCGCUUUUGGAGCACCUGCCAAACUUGAUGGUAUAGCGCCACCACCAGAAUCACCAUUCCCUUUAGAAGCACAACCGACACAAUUUUCCGACGCGAUUGCUGCCGCUCUUAAUAUUGACAAUGGUGAGGGUGACGGUGGCGUUGAAGGCUUCGUCAAAAACCAACUGUCGGCGGUCGAUAGUUAUGGUAAUCCGAUUGAGACGCUCAAACCCAUCGAUACACCUGAUGGGCGGAAGGUAAUCAGUGCGCAGGGUUUACAAUUUGAAAUACCCAACUAUGCUUCGGGCAUAACCGAGAUAAAGAAGCCGGCCGACGACUUACUGCCACCAUUAAUUGAUCCCAUUGCCGUUGCUGUGUCAACUGAUUUGCCUGAUGGAGCAACCGGUUCAGUUCCAGAAGCUGAGGCUACAGCAAUCUCGGCGACAACUGUGGAUGUGGAGAAUGCUCAGUUAGUCGAACUGAAUCCAAAAACGACGAAUGUGGGCUUUUCCAGCCAAGCAGCGAAGAAAUCACAUUUUCAUAAUCUCAACUCGUUGCCAUCGUACAUACUAGAGCUUAACGAUCCGGAUAUUGGAGGGCCUGUGGAAUAUAUGCCAGCUGAUGAUGGUUCGUCUUUAAAAGUUAUCGCAUGGGAUUUACUACCACCACUAGAAAAAGAACCCACAAUAAUUACUUCGGAUAAUCAAUUUCCAAAACAUGUAACUGGUGUCGAAGAUCCUCUAACGCACAACAUCAAAGUGUCUUUAACUGCGGGACAGAGCAUAAGAGCACAAGCACCGCUAACUGGUCUUUCCAACGAAGGUAGUGUUUCCGUGGUAUCACUUACUAGUCCGCAAGGAAAUAGAAUUUAUUCUACAACCUCCACUACGACAACUCCAAGAUCGACUACCGUGCGUACAACGAGGCCUACAACCACCACCACAACCACAACUACAACCACGAGAGCUACUACAACAACUCGUCGCCCAACAACCACAACAACACGUCGAACCACAACUACAAGGCCAACUCCUACAACAAUUAAAACAACAACAACGACUCCAGCCCCACUUAACCCGAAUGACUUUUUCCAAUUAGAGAAUGGCGACUCAUAUACUCUACCCUCAUGGUUAGCCGACAUUGAUGACCCUGAAUUGGAUGCAGCAGUUAGUUAUAUUGUUCCAGAAGAUAUACACGAAUAUAAUGAUACCAUUUCGCGGGAUAUUCUCCCUCCACUUGAACCAUACACCGAUCUAAAUGACAUUGAGCUGCCUGAAGACCUACGUACAACUUCCACCACAACUAGCCGGCCUCGUACUACAUCUACGACUUCCAAACCUCGUCAAACCUACACCACCACCCCCAAAGUUUCUACUGUAUCCACACCUCGACCACACUGGGUACGUGCAUAUCCCACAACUGCCAAAACCACCACAACUACAACAACCCAAAGACCCAACUCUUUCGAUGAUCGUUUCUCCUCUAAUCAUAUUGCACAAACGCAUGAUUCGGCAUUUGCCUCAUCUGGCACCUUUCCCAAUUCGAAAGUGCACACGUCAUUCCUUAGCAAUAGCGUCAUCAGCACCACAACAACGACGACACCAAAACCUCGAUUAACCACAUCGGCGGCACAUCAGCAUCACACCAAUAGAUAUCAACAAGAUAUCAAUAAAUCUAAUGAAAGUUCUUCCACUAUCGUAGAUCCCACGGCAAGUACCGAAUUGAAAAACAGUCAAGAAGCCGCGAUAUCAAAGUUUUCUAACUCAAAUCCCUUCUUGCCAGCACAUAAUAGUGCUACACGCCCGUUUUCGUCACAGAAUGUAAAUAAAUUUACCACCACCACAACAACGACGACGACAACAACUACAACUCCUGCAACACCAAUAGAGGAAAAUCCGUUCGAUUCCGCCACUUUACCAUCUUGGUUAGCUGAUUUCGAUUAUCCCGACUUGGCUCCAGGUGUACCGUUCACAUAUAAUGAUGCAGAGUCAAAUUCGGACGUCUUCAAUGAUUUACUGCCACCUUCGCAACUGCUUACUGAAACAACAGAUACAACAAAGCCUGUUUUCAUAACAUCCUCUCCCACAUCCUUUAAUUCCUUCCAAAUUGCACCAAGUUCAAAUAAUCGGCACGACUCCACUUUUGCUUCCGCCUCCACCUCUACUACACGUACUUUCGCUUUUAAUAACUUCCCAUCAAAAGUCAUCACAACAGCCAAACCAUUCAACAUCCAAAACCCAUUUGCGAAAGUGCCUAAUAGCAACAACUACAAUCAAGAGGCAGUCACUUUGCCGCCAGUGCUAUUUAUUCCGCCAACUGCAGAGGCCGAGAGCAAUAUCGACAUUGUGGCAGUGAACGAUGUCAGCAAGACAGAUCCUCAAACAGAUCGUGAAAACGCUAAUAAUUUACACCACCAUCAACAGCCUUCACUGCAACCAGCAGCAACAGCUGACCCAAUUCUUAACAAGAAAUCAUCCUCAUCAAGUUUUAAUAAAAAUUUUGCAGCUCCAUUCGAACCAACGUCGACGUCUGACAGCGCCGAUUCAUCGGCUUCCACAGAGCAAGAUUUUGGUAGCUCGACGAAAACCACUUUUUCGAAGAGUAACGAAGGCAAAGUGAUAACCAACAACGUAUUUGGUACUUCAAGUGGCGUUACAACCGCAUCGAAACAAGUUGGAUUUGGUGCGAGUACCGCUGCCGGACAAGCAAACUUUCAAAAAGAUUUCCAACAAAAUACGUCAGAUCGUUUCUCAACUACCGGCAGCAGUUUCGUCGGAACUUCGAAUGCCUUCAACAAGGCCGCAACCCCGAGCGCGUUCUCUAGCUUCAGCAGUGCGCAACAAAACACAAAUUUCAAUAGCUUCAACAACAAGGGACCAGUAACCAAUGCAGAUACUGGAAAAUACACUGGAGGCUUUGGAGGAUCUCCAGGUAUUUUGGGCAGUGGAAAAAUAGGUUCCGCCGUGCGAACAGAUGGAUCAAUACGGCCAACUUCGAAUGUUGCAUUUACACAGGCAACGGCAAUUCCACCUACAGCGCCACCAAAGUUCCCAACGAACCCCAACUUUGCAAAUCGCGUUGGGAACUCGGCUUCCACCAGUUUCACGGCCAACACUGCUGCCGGUGCCAAUAAGUACCAGGGCACGUUCGGUGGACCACCCGGAGUGUUGAACCCAUUUGACAAUGUCAAAAGCGGAUAAGUAGAAGUAAGGAUGGCUACGAACACAUCGAAGCAUCAAAGAUUAUUUAUUUAUAACACACUUUUGUUUUUACAUUAUGUCAGAGAGUAGUAUUCUAGUAUAUCUUUCGAAAUUCUGGUAGCAUUGGAUAUCGAACUGGUUAGGACAAUGUAUAUGUAUAACAUUUUAUCUAACUGAAAAUACACAAAUUAAAAAAUGCUUUUAACUUA